GAGCCAUAACGCAGUACGCGCGCGUACACUGCACAUGCUCCUGCUCUAUCUCCAUCGUCACAUCUCAGGCCAGGCUCCUGCUCUACCUCCAUCGUCACAUUUCAGGCCCUUCCGCCGUCGCCUGCGUCGUCACGCAGCCAUGCAACCGAGCUUGGCACGCGGCAGCAGCAGCAGCCGCCGCCUGCACACAGCGGCUUCAACCUGCCCACGCAUGGUCGCUCGUCCUGUCAAGCUCAGCGCAUUCCGGCAGCAAUGGCAUAACGGCGGCGGGCCUGCGUGUGUGCUUAGCGUCGGCACAGCCAACCCAGGCAACUGCGUUCAGCAAGAUGAGUACACUGACUGGUACUUCAGUAUCACCAAGAACGAUCAUCUUACACACACGAAAGCAAUCAUGAAGAAAAUGUGUGAGAAGAUGAUGGUAAAAAAACGAUACCUGCAAGUCAACGAGGAGCUGUUCCGUGAGCAUCCCGAGUUCUUGGACCCUGCAGCUCCAAGUCUAGAAGGCAAGCUAGCCGUCGUGGCCAGUGUCAUGCCAGGGCUUGUGGCCGCUGCCGCAGAGAAAGCCAUUGCCGAAUGGGGCCGACCGGCUGAAGACAUCACGCACCUCGUCUUCGCCACCAGCAGCAGUGCUCAACUGCCCCACAUCGAUCUCCGCAUCGCUUCCCUUCUCGGGUUAAGCACCACCGUGCAGCGUACGGUGAUCGGCUUUCAUGGCUGCAGCGGCAGCUCCGCGGCGCUCCGCGUUGCCAAGGACAUCGCCGAGAACAACCGCAGCGCACGAGUCCUCGUCGCUUGCGCAGACAUGUUGAGCGUCAUGGAUGGUUACCUAGUCCCCAACGUAGUAGCCCACCGCUACGGAAUCAUCGGCCACGCCAUUUUCGGUGACGGUGCUGGUGCAGUUGUCGUCGGAAGCCGGCCGCAGGAACCCGUAGAGCGCCCAAUCUUCGAGAUGGUGUCAGCGUCGCAGGCCACGCUACCCGGCUCGGAGCUGGCGGUUGCUGCCGAGCUCACCAAUUUCGGCAUGGAGUACCGCCUCGAGUUUGGAGAGCUGGCGGCGGGGGUCGGCGACAACAUCGAGCGGUGUCUGAUCGACGCGCUGUCGCCGCUCGGCAUUGGUAGUGUUGGCUGGAAUAACCUCUUCUGGGCGGUGCACCCGGGUGGCCCCAAGGUCAUGGACAACUUCACGGCGGCUCUGAGGCUAGAGCCCGGGAAGUUGGCGCCCAGCCGGCAGGUGUUCAGCGAGUACGGCAACAUGGUGGGCCCGACUCUGAUCUUUGUCCUCGAUGAGGUUAUACGUCGUCGCCAGCAAGAUCACGAGGAAGGGAGCUGCGAGUGGGGGUUCAUGGUGGGGUUCGGCCCGGGGUUCACCAUCGAUGUAAUGGCAUUGCAUGCGUGCAGUGGUAUGUCCACAGUUCCACACUGAUACCAAGACUCGAGUAUUUUGUAAUGAUAGCCAUGGCGCACAAAGGGAAGCUAGAAAUACUUUGGUUCCCACUACAUUAAUAAGAGUGUAUUCGUUUGUUCCAGAAUCA